CCCAACGCAACCCGUCACUCCAUAACAAACGCCACUGCUCCCCGAGUCUUUCGGUGCGCGUGCGCGUGUGAAGGCGAGCGAAAGAGAAGCAAGAGGCGGCCUCCUUUGCAUGUGAGCCGAGAGGAGGGGGGGCAGCGGGAGCGGGAGCGGGAGCGGGGGCCAUGUCGAUCGCACUGGAGAGCGGGCCAGGGCUAGGCAGCGGUGGUGGCGGGGGACCCCGGUUCGGCCGCGUCACCCGCUGCGCCUACGCCGCCUCGCCGCCGGCGUCGGUGGGGCGCAGCUCGUCGUCGGUGGGGCGGGACAGCGACAGCCCCGCAGCGGCGGCCAAGUGGGAGUGGGACGGCGAGGAGGUGGAGGGCGGCGACGGCGAGGUGCAGAGCUCCUACAGGGGGCCCUUCGACACCAUGGACGCGCUCCAGGAGGCCCUGCCCUUCAGGAAAGGGGUGUCCAAGUUGUACAAUGGCAAGUCUGGAUCUUUUGCAAAGCAUGAAGAUUCGAUGAUCCCAUCUCCACCUGAGAAAGGCCUUCCUAAACCAGAAAACCCAUCCCCUAGGAAGCGGAAAGGCCUUCUUCCGUUCAGUUUCAAGUGGGGCAAGCCACAGAACAAAGAGGUGUUCCCUGAAGAUGUGGUCAUCAGCCCUACGAAUUGCAGGAGAAUGACAUUGUCACCAGCUGCUACAAGUAGUUCGGGGAGCAACAGCGGCAGUGACGAUGAACAGUACCGCUCUCCGAAGCUGCAUACCCGUCAGCCACUCCGAAGGCCCAGCAAUGCCUUGGGUGUCUUUGCAUCUCCACCAGCACCUCGUCCACCUCAGGUGUUAUCAGCUCAUAUGAGAUCACACUCGAUGCUUGAUCUGCAGGAUGUGACGGAGUCGACCGCAAUGUUUUCUCCGAGGGACAAGCGGCGGAAGAAUUAGGAAGGUUGGAUCUUGAUGCAUUGUCGGUCCAACUGCUGGUGCCCAUUUUAGACUGCGGAAUCCAGUGGCGAAUGCCGUCAUGGUAGGGCGCGCGAUGCUAUAGGGUGUCUUUUGCGAGGUCAAAUGGACUCGUAUUCAUAGAGCAUGCUAUUCUCCUUAUACUUGGAUGUUCUGGGUUAUAUACAGAGAAACUUGAGAAGCUGAGUGUCGUUACCUGAGUAAUCUGUGGGUAGCAUGCGUUGAUUACAUGUUGACUUGUAAAUGCUGAACUCUGCUUUUCUCGAUUAAUUCAACCAUGUUACCCACUCUAUCUGCACAUUUUGCUCUCUGUUUUGAAGUGUAACUGUAGCCUGUAGGCAUGAAUGCCCCUGGUUGUUAUUUUGUUGUUAGCUGCAUUUCCUUCCGGUGAACUUGUUGACCACACAACUUUGGAUUCAAUGGUUUUGAAUUACUGGUGU